AUGGAGAAUCAAACCACUGUUUCUUACUUUCUGCUCCUAGAAUUGUCAAAAAAUCGGCAACUGCAGCUUCUACAUUUCUUCUUAUUCUUCAUAUUAUACCUGACAACUGCAAUAGCAAAUCUUCUUAUCAUCUCUGUAGUGGCUUUUGACCAUCAACUGCACAGCCCCAUGUACUUCUUUCUAAUGAAUUUGGCUGUGCAAGACUUGGGCAUUGUUUCAGUCAUUGUUCCCAAAUCCAUGGUAAAUUCUCUCAUGGAUAUCCGACAAAUCUCUUAUUUUGGUUGUGUUGCUCAAAUCUUUCUCUUUAUCACCUUUGAAGCUUUUGAAUUGUCUCUCCUGACAGUCAUGGCAUAUGAUCGGUAUGUCGCCAUAUGCCAUCCACUGCACUAUGAAAUGGUGAUGAAUUGGAAAGCCUGCAUCAAAAUAGUGAUUUUGGUGGGGGUUACAGGUGUAUUGUAUGGAAUGUUGCACACCACUGGUACAUUUUCCAUCCCUUUCUGUUCUAAUGUUGUCAAUCAGUUUUUCUGUGAAAUUCCACACUUGCUAAAAUUACCUUGCACUGGAUUCAAUCUAGUUGAGGUUGGAGUUCUUGUGAUCAGUGCCACUGCAGGACUAGGUUGUUUUACUUUUGUCAUUAUAUCUUAUGCCAUGAUCUUCAAGGCAGUGUUGAGAAUCCGUUCUGUAAAAGGAAGGCAGAAAGCCUUUUCCACUUGUCUUCCCCACCUUAUAAUCUUUUCUAUGUUUUUGGUAGCUUCAUGCUCGGCCUACUUGAGACCUCCCUCUAACACCCCAACCCAUUUAGAUUUAUUAUUCACUGUCCUAUAUUCCUUAGUUCCACCCCUGUUUAAUCCAAUCAUCUAUAGCAUGAGAAAUAAGAAUAUCAAGCUUGUCCUGUCUAAACUGUGGAAAUUCUGA